AUGGCGUCUGAUGAUGAGAUUCCGACUUUUAAACUCGUCCUUGUUGGUGACGGCGGUACGGGAAAGACUACUUUUGUAAAGCGUCAUCUAACUGGGGAAUUUGAAAAAAAAUAUGUUGCUACACUCGGUGUUGAAGUGCAUCCGUUAAUAUUUCAUACUAACCGUGGACAGAUACGUUUCAAUGUGUGGGACACAGCAGGCCAAGAGAAGUUUGGUGGUUUAAGAGAUGGGUAUUAUAUUCAAGGCCAGUGCGCGAUUAUUAUGUUUGACGUUGCUGCUCGAGUAACCUAUAAGAACGUCCCAAACUGGCAUCGUGAUUUAGUACGGGUAUGUGAGAAUAUUCCCAUUGUACUGUGUGGAAAUAAAGUGGAUGUGAAAGACAGGAAGGUGAAAGCGAAAACAAUAACAUUUCACCGGAAGAAGAAUCUACAGUAUUACGAUAUCUCCGCUAAAAGUAAUUACAAUUUCGAGAAGCCGUUUUUAUGGUUGGCUCGCAAAUUACUUGGAGACCCAAAUCUUGAAUUCGUAGCCAUGCCAGCACUGAAACCGCCGGAGAUAACACUGGAUCCACAAAUGAUUCAGCAAUACGAACAAGAAAUAAGAGACGCUGCCGGUGCAGAACUCCCUGAGGAUGACGACGAUCUCUGA